AUGCGAAUUCUCCUCCUGAAGGCACUUCAAAUUUCUCCCCUGCAACGCAACUUUCGGUUCUCCACUUCAACAUUCCCCGGCAACUUUUCUCUCCAGCUUCUCCUUAAACCCAUUGAAUCAUGGCUUGCCCGCGGGAGCUCCGCUGGAUCGAGUUUAGAUCAGGCAUUUCCACGAGUAUUGGAGUUGCUCAACUCCGGCGUCGAGGGAACUGGGUAUGCGCUGAUUCACCUGAUCCGCACUUCCACGGACCUGGGCCUGGAAUCUUACUGCCAUCAGCUCCACGGCUACGUUAUCAGAUGUGGGUUCGCCUCAGAUGUCCUCGUCUCCACGGCUUUGAUGCGGUUUUACAAGGAGACGAAGUCGGUGUGUGUAGCACACAAUGUGUUCGACGAAAUUCCCCAGCCAAGCGUAGUUUCAUGGAACACUCUGAUUUCAGGGUACGUGCAGUCUGGGAAGUUUAAGAAAGCUUUGGGUUUAUUUAUGCAGCUCGAAAGGUCUGAUGUCUGCGCAGAUGCCUACUCGAUUACAGCAGCUUUAUCUGCUUGUGGCCAACUGAGUAUGGUACAGUUUGGCAGGUCAGUUCACAGCAAGGUCUUUAAAUGUGGUGUAGGAUUUGGUGUUUUCGUACAGAAUUGCUUGAUUGAUAUGUAUGGAAAAUGUGGUUCAAUCGAGGAGGCGAUUCGGGCCUUUGAAGAAAUGGAUGAAAGGGACAUAAUUUCUUGGAAUUCGGUUGUAGCAGCAAGUGCUAGAAACCGGAGGCUUGAUUUGGCUAAAAGUUUAUUCAGUCAAAUGCCUCAACCUGAUACGGUAUCAUAUAAUGAACUUAUCAAUGGUAUAGCCCAGUUUGGUCGUAUAGAAGAUGCUAUUGAGAUCUUAUUGACCAUGCCAAACCCCAAUUCAUCUUCUUGGAACUCCAUUCUUACAGGGUAUGUCAACAGAGACAGAGCAGUAGAAGCUAUGGAUUUCUUCACUAAAAUGCACGCAAGUAACGUUAGAAUGGAUGAGUAUACAUAUUCCAGUUUGCUAACUGGAAUCGCUGGUAUUGUUGCUCUGAGAUGGGGAAUGGCCAUCCAUUGUUGCACAAUAAAAUGUGGCUUAGCAGCAACUGUUGUGGUGGGGAGUUCUAUUGUCGAUAUGUACUCCAAAUGUGGAGAAGUGAGCACUGCUGAAUUGGCAUUUCGGUUGCUGCCUCGAAAGAAUUUGGUUACAUGGAAUGCAAUGAUGGCAGGGUACGCUCAGAGCGGGGGUUUUGAGAAGGCAAUCCAACUAUUUGAGGAAAUGAAGGAUGUGAAGGGUUUGGAGCCUGAUUGGAUCACAUUUCUAAACGUUCUAGCUUCAUGCUCGAAUGUCAACGUGCCAUUGGAGACUGCAACUCGAUAUUUCGAAUCCAUGAUCAACGAUUAUGGAAUCGCACCAGCUGUGGAGCACGGUUGUUCGAUGAUCCGACUCAUGGGACAGAGAGGGGAGAUCCGAGGGGCUUUGAGGAUGAUAUACAACUUUGAUUUUGAAUUGAGCGGAGUGAUUUGGAGGGCGUUCCUCGGUGCCUUUGGACCUUCUGGGAAUUUGGAGGUUGCUAAAAUUGCAGCGGCAAAGGCGAUCAAGUUGGAAGGUGAUGAUGACUAUGUUUAUGUAAUGUUUUCUAACAUACUUGCCUCGUAUGGCAAAUGGGGAGAUGUAAAGAAGGUGAGGAAGCUCAUGAGCAAGAAAAGGGUGAUAAAAGAAGUUGGUUGUAGUUGGAUUGAAAUGGAAACAACACCUCCAUGA